AUGACUGGCUACAACGGUAGCACGAGUUUAUAUUUAAUCGAGGAUAAAAGUAAUUCAAAUGCAGGUGUUGCCAAACCGAUUGCCAGUGCCCCGCCUCCAAGUGUUUCGAAGCAAUACCGCUCCGACUACGUAUAUAAUAAAGACACCAACGCGUUUUACAAACUACACACCGACAGCGCUAAGAUGUGGGACGCCAAGGGCUCUUGCACCACUGAGGGAGCCCAGUUGAUGGUGCCGGCUUCAGAACAGGAUAUAAUUCAGCUUCAUUCGAUGUUCAAGAGAUUUCCAGAUCUGGGGAACUAUGUUUGGGUGGAUGAAGACGGAAAAGACCAUGAAUCUGCAGAGGAACAGCCGAUGAUUGAUUUGUCAGACUCUGUAACGGAAGCGAUGAGGUCUAGGUUCGCAUUACAAGGGUGCGAUGUGGUUACUCGGCAGGGAGAAAUCGAAACCUCACCCUGCUACAACCGAUUACCUUUCAUUUGCAAAGUGGAAGCCAUCGAUGCGCCUUACGAUACGCACUGUGGGGUUUUUGCUAUAGGGUACCAAUACGUGGAGAGCACUGGAAGCUGCUAUAAGAUCUCCAAAGUAGCCUAUUCCUGGAACCAAGCUUAUGACGAAUGUCAAGCCGAGAAUGCCCACCUGGUGGUCCUUAAUUCGGAAGCGGAGAUGUUGGUCGUGAAGAAUUUGACGAAUGCAGCGGCCCCAGUUGACGAAGCCCAGACCACAUAUUUCUUUUAUGCCGGUUUCAGAGCACAGGAACCCACUAAAAACGAAACUCCCGUGUUCAAGACGAUUUUCAAUCAAACAUUACAAGAAGCCGGUUUCAGUGGCUGGUCCGAAAACGAACCUAACAACGCGAACAACAUCGAAUUUUGCGGCACGCUCUUCAAAAACGACGGCAAACUGAAUGACGUCGACUGCUCCGAUAAAUACGCCUUCAUAUGCGAAAAGGAGGUGCAUAUGUAAACCGUUCUGUGU